GCGGGUAGGCGCGGGAGCCUCGAGCGCCGCUCGGAUGCAGCAACCGAGCCGCCACUCGGCGCGCGGCGGGAGACCCAGGGCAAGCCGCCGUCGGCGCGUUGGGUGCGGGAAGGGGGCUCUGGAUUUCCGUCCGUCCCGUUUUCCCUCUGAGUCUCGGAACGCUCCGGCUCUCAGACUGUCUUCCUCCCAGGUAAAGACCGGGAGAGGAGGGCACAUCUCUUUUCCAGGCACCCCACCAUGGGCAAUGCCUCCAAUGACUCCCGGCCUGAGGACUGCGAGACGCGACAGUGGCUUCCCCCGGGCGAAAGCCCAGCCAUCAGCUCCGUGAUGUUCUCGGCCGGGGUGCUGGGGAACCUCAUAGCACUGGCGCUGCUGGCGCGCCGCUGGCGGGGGGACGCGGGGUGCAGCGCUGGCCGCAGGAGCUCCCUCUCCCUGUUCCACGUGCUGGUGACCGAGCUGGUGUUCACCGACCUGCUCGGGACCUGCCUCAUCAGCCCGGUGGUACUAGCUUCGUACGCGCGGAACCAGACCCUGGUGGCACUGGCGCCCGAAAGCCGCGCGUGCACCUACUUCGCUUUCGCCAUGACCUUCUUCAGCCUGGCCACGAUGCUCAUGCUCUUCGCCAUGGCCCUGGAGCGCUACCUCUCGAUCGGGCACCCCUACUUCUACCAGCGUCGCGUCUCGCGCUCCGGGGGCCUGGCGGUGCUGCCCGCCAUCUAUGCCGUCUCCCUGCUCUUCUGCUCGCUGCCGCUGCUGGACUACGGGCAGUACGUCCAGUACUGCCCCGGGACCUGGUGCUUCAUCCGGCACGGGCGGACCGUUUACCUGCAGCUGUACGCCACCCUGCUGCUGCUUCUCAUCGUCGCGGUGCUCGCCUGCAAUUUCAGUGUCAUUCUCAACCUCAUCCGCAUGCACCGCCGAAGUCGGAGAAGCCGCUGCGGACCUUCCUUGGGCAGUGGCCGGGGCGGCCCCGGGGCCCGCAGGAGAGGGGAAAGGGUGUCCAUGGCGGAGGAGACGGACCACCUCAUUCUCCUGGCUAUUAUGACUAUCACCUUCGCCGUCUGCUCCUUGCCUUUCACGAUUUUUGCAUAUAUGAAUGAAACCUCUUCCAGAAAGGAAAAGUGGGACCUCCAAGCUCUUAGGUUUUUAUCAAUUAAUUCAAUAAUUGACCCUUGGGUCUUUGCCAUCCUUAGGCCUCCUGUUCUGAGACUAAUGCGUUCAGUCCUCUGUUGUCGGAUUUCAUUAAGAACACAAGAUACGAUACAAACUUCCUGUUCUACACAGUCAGAUGCCAGUAAACAGGCUGACCUUUGAGGUCAGUAGUUUAAAAGUUCUUAGUUAUAUAGCAUCUGGAAGAUCAUUUUGAAAUUGUUCCUUGGAGAAAUGAAAACUGUGUGUAAACAAAAUGAAGCUGCCCUAAUAAAAAGGAGUAAACAGACAUUUAAGCUGUGGUCAAGGCUACAGACCUGCUGACAAGGCACUUCAUGUAAAGUGUCAGAAGGAGCUACAAAACCUACCCUCAAUGAGCAUGGUACUUGGCCUUUGGAGGAACAAUCAGCUGCACUGAAGAUCCAGUUGCCUUUUGAUUUAAGCUUUCCUGUUGAAUGACAAAGCAUGUGGUUUUGUAAUUUGUUUGAAACCCCAAAUAGUGACUGUAUUUUCUAUUUUAAUCUUGCUACUACUGUUAUAAACGUAUAGUGUACAGCCAGACCAGAUGAAGCUUCAUAUGUAUGUAGUCUCUAGGAAGUCGAUAUGUGGAAGCAACCAAGCCUGCUGUCUUGUGAUCACUUAGUGAACACUUUAUUUGAACAAUGAAGUUGAAAAUCAUAGGCACCGUUUACAGUGAUGUUUGUGUAUGUGGGAGUCACCACAGUACUAUUCUUACAAGAGUGGACUCAGUCGGUUAACAUCAGUUUUGUUUACUCAUCCUCCUGGAAAUACAGGUCAAGUUGUCAGGUUAUUUAUUUUAUAACGUCCAUAUGCUAAUAGUGAUCAAAAAGACUUUAGGAAUGGUUCUCUCAACAAGAAAUAAUAGAAAUGUCUCAAGACAGUUAAUUCUCAUUAAUACUCUUUAUUUAUCCUAUUUCUGGGGGAGGAUAUACGUGGCCAUGUAGGAAGCCAGAUAUUAGGAUUAAAAACUGAAAAUUUUGGUUCAUUCUUCAGAUAUACUGGAACGCUUUUAAUGUUGAUAUCAGGGCCAUGAGUAAAAUAGACUUUAUAAGACGACUGUGUUGUACCAAAAUUCAUCUGUCUAUAUUUUAUUUAGGGAACAUGGUUUGACUCAUCUUAUAUGGGAAACCAUGUAGCAGUGAGUCAUAUCUUAAUAUAUUUCUAAAUGUUUGGCAUGUAAAUGUAAACUCAGCAUCAAAAUAUUUCAGUGAAUUUGCACUGUUUAAUCAGAGUUACUGUAUAAACUCAUCUGAAAUGUUACAAAAAUAAACUAUAAAACAAAAAUUUGAAAA